AUGGCAUCAACGACACCAGGGUUGGGCUCGUCGUCGGACAGCAUACCGCAGCCUAGCACAGAGGCCGAUACGACAGCGGGCACGACACCCGCACCUGAGGCCACCACAGCCGAUCCAUCUGGGUCGGCGCGGCCGGCCAGCUCGAUGGACGGUAUGCCGAAACCGAUUGCGCUGCAGUCCAACGAGCAAUGGACGAUGCGUGUGAAUCGCGAAGGCUUGCCGAUAUGCCGUGAUUUGCAUGGUCUAUUUACCACUGUGCUCAUUUCCUUGUGCGACCGCUGGCCAGACUGGCGGUACCCCUUGGCCUUUGUUUUACCUGCGGUCGUACAGCGUAUGCAGGCCUUGCAGUUUGUGCAAAUUGUACGCGACUCGGCGAAUGGAAUGCAGAAUAUGCUGUCGCUCAGUCAGACGAUGACCUCGUUCACGAUGGACCAGGAAACGGCGCACCGGAUUUGUAUGGCCUUCAUUGACGCUUGCUUGCUAGAGCGGGUCGUGAACCAAGAAGGCGAAGUGUAUGCCCCUUCUCCGAAAGGAUUGCAUCUCAUCGACCGAUUUGUCACGCGGCAUGGUAUUGCAACACGCAGUGUGAGCAAUCUGUUGAACUUACAUACACUCUGUGACAAACUACUGUUCCUCGAGCGUGACGAGCAGGACGACGUUUUGCUAAGUGAUGCUGUCGUGCGCAUUGUUUUCCACCGCAUGGUCGGUCUAUCACCACGCCGCACCGAGUCGAGUGCCAUGGGUAUGGCGAUGCAAGCGACGUAUGCCAAAGACGCGUUGGGUCAAAUGUACGAGACAGCGCACUUUUCCUCGAUCGAGGCACUCGCGUGGCUCGUGAAUUUCACUACUUUGGUCUCGGUGGAUGAAGCCAUUGUACUGGCCGCGCAUAUGGUCCGUCUUGGAUGGCUCGAGCCGGAGACGGAUUUGCCACCGAGCCGCUCGAACCGUGUAGCGACCGUCCGUGUGGACGAGUCGAUGACUGUGGAUGGCGCUGCGUGCGAAGGCACGUUUGUGGAAGGAGAAGUGUACCAUAUUACUGAGCUUGGCGCUACGAUUGCAUGGAAAGUCGAUUUCGUGGAGCAGCCCUCCACCAAUGCCGCGACGGAGCGUCCUCCUACCUCGUUCUUCCAGGGCGAGCGGAACACGGAUAUGCGCUCUGUGUCGCCUACGAUGGAUGCCUUUGAAUUGUAUGGCACGUACGUUAACGAGAACCCUUCCAACACUGCAUCGCCUGACUUGGCCACAGGCGGUCCGGCCGUGUCGCGCAAAGCCUCUGGCGUCUCGAGCAUCCGCCGCACUCACAGUGUGAAGAGCCCUACACAGGCACCCAGCACCACCACACGCUCGCCCACAAUGCCGUCAAGCACUGUUGUACGUCGCCCUAUCCGGGAAGUGCUUCGCACAGUCUCUCUGCGUCGCGCGUUUUCGGCGUACCUUGCCUCUACGCCAUCGGCCCUCGCGUUGCCGUUCUGGUGCCAAAUUGAAUGGUUCCGAUCGGAUUGUCGUCAGGCGACAGCUGGUACACUCGAGCAAGUAUAUGUGGCGGAUCCUGUCUUGCAUUUGCCCUCGGAAUCAUCGCUGCCUACGCAUGUGCAGCGCCCAGCUGGUAUUGAUGGGCCGCGGAUGCGCACAGCGAUGCGCGCUCUCCUAACAGAGAGUGCCCGUGUUCGACUGCUGCCGUUCCUUUGGUCGAUGGAAGGCAUGCAAAUCCAAGCUUUGUCGCUUGAAAAGCUUCAAGCGGCUCUCGAUACCUACAUGGCCGUGCCUUCCAUGGCGGUGGACGAGGCCGGUUGGCCGACUUCGGCGGCCGCGCAAUCCAGUGAAGGCCAGCUCGCGAAAGUGUUGUUGACAAGUGCUGCUGUGCAGAAGGAGGUCCUCGCGUACUUGGCCAGCACCGCAUUGACGCAGUACUAUGAUGCUAUAGACCGUGGCGAGAUUGCAGCGCCCUAA